ACAGUAGCCAUUUGUGACUUUUGGCGUAAAACAAUAAAAACCCUCUUCUGAGCGUGCACCACCUGCAGAGUCAUCGUCUUCUUACAAUUAGAGCUUCCAGAGAGCAAGAGAGAGAGAGAGAGAGAGAGAGAGAGAGGUUGAACUACUAGGGCUUGCACCUUUGAGUUGCGGUCGCUGUUGAUCUGGAAAGGAGGACUGAGGUGUAUCUGAGUGAUCACAACGGUAAAGAAGCAAAGUUGGUGGCAUGGGAGUGGAAAAUGUCGCUGAUCUUCCACCUCUGGAUCCAGCUGUUGUUUUGAUUGGAACAGCAAAGGGAGGUAAUGUUGGACCUCCUAGCGGUCUUGUUGACAUUGGUGUGAGUGAAGCUGCCUACCUUUUUCGAGUUGCACUUCCUGGUAUUCGGAAGAAUGAAUGUAGGGUAAAAUGUGAUAUCCAACGUGAUGGAAAGGUUCAUAUAGAAGGAAUCAUGACAGGUGUCGGACUUUUGAGAAACUCGUCAACUGUGUACCAUUCGAGAGUCCAGCAACUAUGCCCACCGGGAGAAUUUAGCAUAUCUUUCCGUCUGCCUGGACCUGUUGACCCCCGUUUGUUUUCUCCUUAUUUCCGGCAUGAUGGAAUCCUGGAAGUGGUGGUUAUGAAAGGCAGAGCACCUCUACCCUGAGAAGCCAGGUUUCCAAAUCUGUGGGGUUAGUGGAAGGACACUCUCUUAGGUUAUGGCGUUUAUUUUUGCUUGAAGUGCAAAUGGGGAUAGUUGUAAUGAGGGAAGCAAAUGCAUGCAUACAAAGAUGUUCUGUCUUGUUUGGAAAAAGGCAGUGUGUUUUAAUUGGCGCAGUGAUGCAUAGAGUCAGUUUGAGGAGAAAAUCAGACUUUAUAUAAAUGGAUAAUGAAGUUCAAAUAGCUAGAUUGUUUAAUACAAAGAAUUAAUUGGAAACUCAAAAUCUGGGGUCAAGCUUUAACCCAGAUCAUCCUUAAUGCAACUUGUUAAUUAUCAA